AUUUCUUUCUCUCUCUUCACUCUUAACACUUUGCUCUUCACUCUCUCUCUCUCUCUCUCUUAAUUAUAGCCGCCAUCACACACACGCUCUUCGUUAUUUGGCAAUUUUAAUCGUCGAUUCAGAGCUUAAUUCAAAAACCCAUCUUUGUUCUUCAUCAUCUUCGACGAAAUUAGGCGAAAUCAUAAUUUUCAAACCGUGGAAAUGGUUGGAUAUACGAUAAAUCUGAAAAAGAAGAAGAAGAAGGCGCCGGAGUGGCUAGGACCAUUACUGAAGAGCAAGUUCUUUGGUUCUUGCGUAAUUCAUCAAGAACUCCGCAAAAAUGAGAAGAAUCUGUUCUGCAUCGACUGUAACCGAUGUAUCUGCCAGCACUGCCUCUCCUCUUCUACUCAUUACCUUCAUGUGCUUCUUCAGAUCCGUAGAUAUGUCUAUCAUGACGUUGUUCGCCUGCAUGAUAUGCAGAAGCACAUAGAUUGUUCCAAAGUCCAGACAUAUCUGAUAAAUCAAGCAAAGGUCAUAUUUCUGAAUCCUCGUCCGCAACUGAAACCAUCGAAGACGAACAGCGGCGCUGCUUGUGAAGUCUGUGACAGAAGCUUACAAGAGCCUAACCGAUACUGCUCGAUCGCUUGCAAGAUUUCAGGAGUUGCAGAGAAGGGGAGGGAUCAGGGCCCUCGCUCUCCAUUUAUGCCUUUUACAAUUCCAGAAUUUAAUGAUCUACCCAUGAAAGAGGAUAGAGAUGCAGACUCUGUAGUGGAAUCUAGUGAAGAGAAGGAGAAUUCUCCACCCAGUUGGAGUCCAGCAUUGAAGCCAAAGAAGCAAUUGCGCAAGAGAAAGGGAAUUCCUCGCAGAGCUCCCCUGUGCUGACUUGUUCUCAGCUUGCACAUUCAAUCUCAUCUUCCUCUCUCUUUCUUUGUCUCCCUUUUUUGUUUUAGAAGAUGUUAUUAUUAUGAUAAUAUCAUUAAAAAAAAAAAAAAAGAAUUUUAGUGCAAUAAUUAAAGAAAAAGGAAAAGGAAAAAGGGAAAAAUGGAAAAUCAUACCAAUAUACAUCUCUCCUUCCCUUUUACUGAUUAUGGUUGUACAGCAUAAGAAUUAAGGAGGAAGAUGGUGGACCUUCAUGCACCCUCUUCUGCUGCAAGGAUUCAUAAUAUUCUUCCAAUCUCUUUUCUAUCUCAAUUCACUCUUUCUGUGGGCUUGAGGGAUCUAUUCAGUAUUAUUACAUUUUGGGUGGAAAAUUUUGUAUCUGAUGACUAUGGAAAUGGAAUUAUUCCUUCUUUUUCA